UUAUUCAUGUAUAAGCGAAGCGUUGACACAAGGACGACUAUUGAGAUUUCACACACAUUUACGAUUUGUCAUCUUAUGUAAUAUUACAUGAAUUUGGGUUUCCAAAAAACACAAUCAGAAGGGCACGUCUUGUGUGAAGUAUGAACCAACCGGAUCCAAACACACCAAAACACCAUCAAAUUUACAGAUAUAUCACGUAAUAUGAGUUUUUAUCCAGGUAAUGAUACCAUCUUAUUUGCCUUAACCCAUGAGACAUUCUCACAUAUUGACCACAAAUCAACUACUUUUGGUAUGGGUAUCUAAUCAUUCUGUGUAGCCCUACCAACUACUGUGGUACAAUACAACUCCAGAAUAAACUAAUUGGAAAAGAGUAUGCAGCAAGCAAUUCCCCAUGGCCAAUCCUAUUAUCCACGUGGCUAGCAGAUCCAUAGAUUUUCAUUUACGUGCACAACAUAUGUCAAAUCAUCAUGAUAACAAAACGUAGUCACGUACAAAAUUACUAUUCAAAUUACAUUAUAGUCGCCAUGUCACCAACUCUGAGAAAUCAUAUAUGCUCAUGGAAAAUAUAGCAUCUACAUGUGGGUCUUGAGGUCCAUCUAUCAACUGAUACAAUGUUGACAAAGUAUUUCCAACCAUAGUCUUGGAAUUUUUCCAAUGUUCCCUCUCUGCUGAAUCCAACUUAGACCCUUCUAGGCACUCUACUCUUCCCAUUUAAAACAAGAUGACGAAAUGGAACUCAAUAUGUCCCUCUAUAUAAGGACUUCUAGGUAUCCUCCUCUAAUAAAAGAUUCAUCUAUUUAAUACCCACAGCCUUUUCAGUCUUGAGUUACUUUUCUGAGAUAACGAUCUCUGAUCCUGCUUUCACAGGAAAGCUCAAUAUGACGUUCCUAGGUUGGAUGCAUCGUAAGUUAACGCACAACAGCAUGGAGCCAAUGAAGAAUUCCAUAAUAGGAAACCCUUGUGCUUGUUUUUCAGUGGAGACAUUGUUUGAUGAGCAAAACUAUUACGAAGAACCAAUAAAAAAUUUGUCUCACUCGAAAACAAACUUUCACAAAUCUUCAAACCGGUAUGGAUAUGAUGAUUUUGAACAGAUCUCCCAAGAGGAAUUGCUCGACCCUUUUGAGUUUCUUGCAAUUGGCACCUUUGGCAUGGAACUACACGGUACAGAUCCCCCAACCCCAACCCUGCCAAUGCCUUCCGAAGAUUUGACUGAUCAUUGGACAGAGAUAACAGAAAAUGAUAUCCAGCUAAUAAACUGUGAGCUUGAGAAGUUUCUUGAAGCUGAGGAUAAAGAGUUAGCCAAUGAGACAUCUGGACGGAGUAGCUACGCUAGCAUUAUAACCCUCAGCAAUAAGCCGAUAGACGGAGAAGAUUCUGAUUGUCAGACCCACUUCAUAGAUUUUCCUCUCCAAAAUUAUCUUUUAGCCAAUUCAACUGAAGCUGCAGAGACAAAUAAUGAUACAAGAAAAGAAAAGACAUCCCUUGAAGAUCUCUUUAAGAGGAAUAUGAUAGCCCAUGAUGAUCAAGCAAGGGAAUUCAAAGGAGGAAAACAGCACCUGAGGAAAAGAAAUGUCACUUGUUUCAUAAAGAAAGUGGUAAAGAAGUUCCAUUCUUCAUCCAGCAGCUCAACAGCCACUUCUAAGGAUGAAGCUACUGUGCCUAUCUCAAUGAAGAAAAAAAUCUCUAAGGUUCUUAAAAUGCUGCAACGGAAGGUUCACCCUGAACAGAUGGCUGAGAAACACAAACCCUAUAAAGAUUAUGGAAAUAAGAUGGUCGGUCCAGCAGCCAGAAAAAAGAGGGAUAGCACUAAGAAACUAUGUUCAGAUGAUAUCUGCAAUGGUUCUUCAACAGCUAAUGGAGGGCACUGGAUUAAGACAGAUUCUGAUUGUAAGUUAAAAUAUGAAAUAACAUGCAUUAGUAUUAGCAUCAGUUAUGGAAUCUCUGUACUUGAUCUCAUACAGUUGCCUGACUCUUUUUCUUUUCCUGUCUUGGGCAUCUAAAUUACAAGAUGUGGUCCUGGAGCUGUAGGGAGCAAAACACAAAAAUCAAGGUGGGCAUCCUCGUUUAAUUCGACUAUCACGUGUGGAGCUUGCUUGGGUAUGUAUGUUUGCGACUUUAUCCAAUAGCAACUGUCAUGUGUGGAGUUUGCUCGGUUAUGUAUGUUUCUCCUAGCCAGUUUGAUCUACAGUGAAGUGCUAUGCUAGCAGAUGGUAACGCUAUUUGUAUCCCGUUCUAUUUGUAUCUCAGUUCUCGAAAACAAUAAAUGUUUGUACUAAAAGCUAUUAUGUUCAAUGCAUUGAGUGUUUGUGUGAUUAUUACAUUGUAUAGAAAGCAUAGAAUGAUAUCAUAUUUGAGAUCUCCAUUACCA